UUGGCUGGCCGGGUUGAGUUAUUGGUGCGGUGGAAGAAGGAGGAAGGGAGAGAGAUAGAUAGAUAGAUAGAUAGAUAGAUAGAGAGAGAGAGAGAGAGAGAAUCUAUCUAUCUAGAGUCGAACAGACCGAGUCAGCCAGAGAGCAACCAGGGGAUCCAACAUGGCAUCGGGCGACACGCUCUACAUCGCGACGACCGACGGCUCGGAAAUGCCGGCCGAGAUCGUGGAGCUCCACGAGAUCGAGGUGGAGACCAUCCCCGUGGAAACGAUCGAGACCACGGUGGUCGGGGAGGAGGAGGAGGAGGAGCAGGAGGACGACGAGCACGACCAGCCGAUGAUCGCCCUGCAGCCGCUAGUGACAGACGACCCGAACCAGGUCCACCACCACCACCACCACCACCACCACCAGGAGGUGAUCCUGGUGCAGACCAGGGAGGAGGUGGUCGGCGGGGACGACUCGGACCUGCGGGCCGACGAUGGCUAUGAAGAUCAGAUCCUCAUCCCGGUCCCGGCACCGGUCGCCGAGGAGGAGUAUAUCGAGCAGACGCUGGUGACGGUAGCCGGGAAAAGCAGCUCUUCCUCGGGAGGGCGGGUGAAGAAAGGGGGGGGCGGCAGCGGGAAGAAAUCGGGUAAAAAGAGCUACCUGAGCGGGGCCGAGGCAAGCGGGAGAAAAUGGGAGCAGAAGCAGGUCCAGAUCAAGACCCUGGAGGGAGAGUUUUCAGUAACGAUGUGGGCUUCGGAUGACAAAAAGGACAUUGACCAUGAGACGGUGGUGGAAGAGCAGAUUAUCGGAGAGAACUCUCCUCCUGAUUAUUCAGAGUACAUGACCGGAAAGAAACUCCCGCCAGGAGGUAUCCCAGGGAUCGACCUCUCCGACCCCAAACAGUUAGCAGAGUUUGCCAGCCCCUUCAAUAGCAGUGAAUGCCUCAUGAAACGGGAGCCAACUCGGAUGAAGCCGAGAAAAAUAAAAGAAGACGACGCCCCAAGAACGAUAGCAUGUCCCCACAAAGGCUGCACAAAGAUGUUCAGGGACAACUCUGCCAUGAGGAAGCACUUGCACACUCACGGGCCGCGCGUUCACGUUUGUGCUGAAUGUGGGAAAGCCUUCGUGGAGAGCUCAAAACUGAAGCGACAUCAGCUCGUUCAUACUGGAGAAAAACCUUUCCAGUGCACGUUCGAGGGAUGUGGAAAGCGCUUCUCACUGGACUUCAAUUUACGCACUCAUGUGCGAAUUCACACCGGCGACCGGCCCUAUGUGUGCCCUUUCGACGGCUGCAAUAAGAAGUUUGCUCAGUCAACUAACCUGAAGUCUCACAUCUUGACACACGCCAAAGCCAAAAACAACCAGUGAAAUCCAGGAGUCGUCCCAGUCCUCCACACAGCGGCAUCUUAAUGGAGUAUCGAUGGCAAAAAUGUUAAACGGCCUACCCUUUGUAUAUUGUUUCUAGAAAAGAGUUUUAAAUAAAAUAAAAAAGGAAAAAAAAAGAAAUGUACUUAACAAAGACUUUUUGAUAAGGAGAUAAAAAAAAAAAAAAAAAAACCUUUAAGAUGAUGCUCAGCUUUUUCUCAUUUUUAGUUUCGUUUUGUGAACAGGCUGCUGUUCUGUAGAACGCAUUGUAAAAAGGUCCCGUUUUCAGAGACACAAACUCCCCACCCUGCAACUAAAGACAAUUCUUUAUACAAGUGUGAAAGUGAAAUUGGACUGAUUUACACAACAAAACAAAUCUCAUUUUCACCUGUCUGCAUAGAAAACAAAUCGCUUUUUUUAAUUUUGUAUUUUUCCAAGUGUGCAUAUUGUACACUUUUUUUUGAGGGAUAUGCUUAGUAUUGCUAUGUGUGAAUUUUUCUGAAGAUUGACCUGUGCUUGUAAUGGAUCUUCUUGGAAGAGAAUGGGCAGUUACUCUACUACAUGCAUACUUCAAAAGUGUGUGUUUUUUCCUGUAAAAAGUUAUAGCUUUUGUUUGCUUCCUGAUUUGGUUGUAUUCUUUUGUUAACUCAUUUUGUAUAAUUGUAUCGUAUAGCUGUAAUGAAAUCAUGUAGACUCUAAUAGCAAUGUGGUUUAAAUAGUGUUAAUCGAUUAAAACCAUUUUAGUCACA